ACGUACGUCUAAUUUAAACUUUGUUUUCCACCAGACCACCCGUUGUAAGUACCACCCUUCGAUAUCGAUUCAAUAAACUUCCAAGUAAACCUCCGCCCACAAUGUACGGUCUCCACAAAGUGAACCACAUGUACACCGCCUCGGGUACGGGCAAGGACUUUGUCGUGCAGGACCCUUACUUAUGAAUUGCAAAAAUGUCUGGGUCUGGAAGAUUGCAACUUGUGCUGCUGUCUUUCGAUUCCAAAAAAGUCUGUAUUGCAUGACCAGCAAAAGGAGUCCAGUUUGUGCUACGCGGAGAGGGCAUUUCUCAUCCGGAACACGCACCAGAGAGCCCUCUCAAAAUCUGUGAUGCUAGGCCAUGCAUUACAGGCAUCAUGUGUCAUGCAAAAUCUGCAUGACAAACACAAACCUGGCACUCUUCCAGACCCAGACAUAUUUGCGUUUGAUAUUACUUCAAAGGCGGGAAGAUCGGUUUCGAGAAGAUGGCGCAGCACCAGGGCGCAUAUGCACUGCAAAAGUAUCGUACUCGUACUAAAAAUCGCAGUCAUGCAUUACAAAUUUCUUUCUCAAGUCAAACCCCCAUUACACAUUUCAUUUCUCAUGCUGAGGAAAUUUGUCAUGCGCUUUCUAUUAGUACGAUCUGCUUUUGCAUUUCAUAGCGCCAAGGGCACCGCGAUGAUCCCCGAACCCAUUAACCGGCACAAGUACCAGGCCUUCCCGAUGGGCUUCGGGUCCGUAUGCAAGAAAAAAACUGUAUAAGUGUAAGGCUGUGAUGCAGAAAAUGCCAAACAGUUACACUUGUCAAGCUGGACAUGCGUCAGAGGCUCUUUUCGUACGUGUUUUCACAUACUGGCCGCGCAUGACAGGCUCUCCCUGUCAUGCAGAGCAAACUUGUGAUGCUAUUCCCCCAAGAAAGUUACACUAACACAGUUUUUUUCUUGGAUAGUUCGUCGGCGUGCCCGAAUACAAACUGAACCUGAGCCUCGCCCGCAGCAAAGCGCGCUUGGAACUCUCGAAGAAGGACAACGACCGGAUUAAGGAGGCCGGACAGCGGGCUCUGAACGGCGCGACGUCGCACUUGUCCCGAUCCGUAUGCAUUGCAGAAGUACUAUCGCAGUUGUAGUAGCGGUUGCAGCAAUACAAAUAGCUCAGCAUGACAAAUGGGAUAUAUUGUCGUGCUGGUUUACAACUUUGUUGGGAAGGAGAUUUGUCAUGCAUAGUUGCGAUUACCGACUUGAGCUUGACUACGAUUGCGAUAGUACUUUUGCAAUGCAUAAUCCGUGUCCGCGGACAACUUGCGGGUGCCGUUCUCGAAGACGACGGGAUUGGUGGAGCAAGGGUAUGAUGCGUAGCUGCAUGAGAAAUUGUGACUAUGACGCGUAGCUGCAUGGCAAAUUAUGAUUUUGACGCGUAGCUGCAUGACAAAUUACUUGUACUGGUUCAGCAUCGCAAGAAUUUUUUGGGCAACAGGCUCUGCGAAGAUUACGAGCUGCUGGAGCUGCGCAUGAUCCACGUUCAUUCUGAAAAAAUACACAAAAUUUAGUAAAACGAGAAAAACAUAACAGCCUGAGAGCUGCAAAUACAAUGCAUGCCCAGCAUGAGAGCUGCAAAUACUUUGCAUAAUGCGCAUCACAAAUUUAGAUUUAAGUACACUAAAAAAACAUAACAGCCCCUGCCAUCCGAGGCCGAUCGUGAAGGAGGCGCCGAGCAUUUUCGACAGCGUCACGAAGUCGGGCAUGGUAUGCACUGCAAACACGUCUGGGUCUGGAAGGAUGCGAGCUUUGUCAUGCACAUUUUGCAUGACCGAUGGUGUCUGUGAUGCAUGCCCAAGCAUCACAGAUUUGUUGAGGGCGUCGUCAUGCACAUAUCGCAUGAGAAACGCCCUCGCCACGCAGCAAAAACUGGACUCCCCUUGCUGCUCAUGCAAUACAGAUUUUUUUAAGAUCCAAAGGUAGCAUUACAUACAAGCUGCAUUCUUUCAGACCCAGACAGAUUUGCAUUUGAUACAUGGUCUGGGAAAUCGGUGACGCCAAGAAGUACGGGUUCAACGGGUACUCGCGGACCGGCUACGGGGGCUUGUGGAAGCGUUAAGUUGAAAUAUUCAAACGCUUGUUGAGUACUAUCCAGCUAUCAGCGGGUGGGGGGUGUUCGUCUUCUUUGUUCCCCUGAUGUUCGUUUGAUGUUUUUUUUCCCAUUUCCAUCCUCUAUCUAAGAAACCUUCGCUAUUAAGUGUGAACCCCCACUUGUUUCACGAACUCUGAAUCAUCUUCUAGUACAAUAAACCAACUGGUGCAUAACUCACCCAGUCUGAGUCAUCGUGUCUUUGAUCACGUAAUGCCAAUAGAAGAAGCCGGCGCAAGCAACUUGAAAAUAAACCCAAAGCUGCAUGAAAAGCUGUACCCCAAGCUCAGCAAGCGGCUGGUACUGCUAUCCCGAGACUUUCUUUUGCAAAAAUCUCUUGAUGUUAGAAAGCCAAAGUUGUUCCCCCUGUCCUUUUCGAGGUUCCGGUUUUUUAGGCCGAUGAGCCAGCAGCUUCAGUUUCUUACACGUAAAAAAUUUGACAGCUUUUCUUUUUACCCUGACAGUGGGAAGGUAAAGCAGUAAAGGGACGACAGGAAGGCCG